UUAGUACCGAAGUUCGUGUAUUAUGUAUUAUUUCAGACAGAAAAAGUUAUAGAAUUUCUCAUCUUCUGCUCCCUUUUAUGUUCUUGAUCUUUCAUUUGGGCAAUGGCAGAAGGGAAUUCACAAGUGUUAGAAGAAUUAUGGUUUCAAUAUGGGAAUACCACGAAAAUUCAUGAUCAGAAUGAAAACUGCAUAUCAUCUUCUGAAUCUUCUGUUGUUGAAGAUUCAGCAUUUUCGAACGAGUCAUCAUCUUCUUCUUCGCUCGAAACAGCAGAUGAUGUAACUUCAUCAGCAUCUUCUUCUCUUUCCGCAGAUUCAAGUGGAGGUUCAUAUGAUUUAACAGAUCUAAUGGAAGAAUUGCCCAUCAAGAGAGGGCUGUCCAAGUUUUAUGAAGGGAAAUCAGAGUCUUUUACAUCAUUAUCAAUGGUGACAAGCCUAGAGGACUUGGUGAAGAAAGGAGCGCCUUAUAAAAGGAAAAUGAAGGCUUCGAAAAGCUAUGCAGCUGGCUUGAAUAGCUUUAAACCUUAUACGCUUCCUAAGCCCAUUAUAUCAAAGAAAUCUCCAAAGGCUUCUUUUUCAUCAUCUUUUCCAAGUAAAAAGGGAAAUAUUAUCAAAGCAAGCCCCCGCUGACUCCUAUUCGCUUCAGGUUCGAGCAAGAGGCCAAGCAUUCAGCUAGACGUCCAUGCCUGGGAGCCCCGUUCUCCUUUACUUUUCUACAUACAGAGUGAGAUUGUACAUAAGGAAUUUUCUUUUUUCUUUUUUCUUUUUUUUUUUUUUCCAGAAAGUAUGGAAAUAUAUUUUUGUUAGCUACUUGGUGGAAUAUACCAAAAGAAAAGGUUAAAAUCUUGUCCAUAGAAAUAGUCGGCAAAAUGACAUGUCUAUGUGGAAAUUUUAGUCCUAUAUGUUUCUUAAUUUUAGAUAUUCAUAUUAGGCAAUGGUCGAUAUUUAUAGCCUUGGAGCUAAUCUGAAGAGUAAAACUGACAUUUGGAGAGUA